UCGUAACGUGUGCACGCCGUGGCGACCCACGCGCGAAACUGCCUCCUCGCUUCUGCCCUCCGCCGGCUGGGAGCGCGGAGCUCUGGCCCUCGGUGCCGACUUUGGCGUGGAGAUUCGUCUCCAAGGUCGGCCCUUAGAAAGCAGCGUCUCAUAAAAGCGGCCAGGGGGAAACAACAGCGCCCUUUACUGUACUUGAAUGCUCUGAAAAGCUCCCUCUCCUCCUCUUCCUCGAGGGACAGGAGCCCCUGUCAGUCGGAGACGGCAAAUUCCAGCUCAAUGGUGGCCAGAGGCGAUUUCCUGCAAGUUAUCGUUUUUAACUGGGGGAAACAUUGGCCACCUUUUGCCUGCUCUGCUUGCAGCCCCUGUUUUAUAGCUUUUGCCGCCCAGCCCUGUGUUGCACAUACUUGUUUGGAAGCAAAGCCCCACCGUUCAGUUCACUCCCAAGUAACUUGUGCUUCUGAUUUUACAGCUGCCCUAAAGGAUGUGAUUUCAGGAUGGAGGCAUUGCUAGAAAGAAUACAGGGCAGUUUCCAGACUUCAUGUGAAGCAGAACUACAGGAGCUGAUGAAGCAGAUAGACAUAAUGGUGGCUCAUAAGAAAGCUGAAUGGGAAACUAAAACCCGGUCACUAGAAUCCUGCUUGGAUGUGCGAGAACAGGAAUUGUCCUCUCUCAGGAAUGCAUUGGAUGAGAAAUGUAAAGAGAUUGAAAGGCUGUGUCAGCGACUAGAAGGGAUGGAACAACUGAAUCGUGAUAUGACUAUGGAAUAUGAACAACAGUUACGAAAAGUCCAGGAAGAGCUAGCUAGGCUGAAGAGAAGCUAUGAGAAACUCCUGAAGAAACAACUGAAAGAAGCAAGGAAAUUACCCAGCAGGAGCCAAGAGGAGGACCAAUCUGAAGUAAGCAUCCUGACUAAGAAGUUAGAGGAGUUCCGCCAGAAAUCUCUAGAUUGGGAGAAGCAGCGCUUGCACUACCAGCAGCACGUGGCAUCACUGGAAGCACAGCGGAAGGCUUUUGCUGAGCAGUCUGAUCUCAUUCAGGCUCAACUGUCCAGCCGGAAGCAAAUGUUUGAGUCUGUGGAGCUGGCAAGCCAAUCUGAAAUCCAUCACUUAACUAGCAAGUUGGAAAGGGCCAAUGACACUAUCUGUGCCAAUGAACUGGAAGUGGAAAGGCUGAAUAUGAAAGUGGAUGAUUUAACUUCUAGCAAUCAGAAAAUUUUGGAGGAACAUCAAAGAGUACUAGAUGAGCUGAAAGUUUCCCGGAACUCACUGGAGGUUCUACAUGAAGAAAAGAUGGAACUUAGGGCCACUCUGCUCUCUCUGGAAGACUUCAUUAAGAACUUACAGGUGCAAAAAGAACAAUUACAGAAGGAAGUGUCCAAACUAACUGAAACCUUGCAAAACAAAGAAGCUUUUGUCAGGUCGCUGGAAGAGUGCCUGCAGAGCAGUGAAGGAGCCAAUGGAAUCUAUCGUAGCAGGACAGAGUUGGACAACAUACACUUGCAGCUAGAUCAUCCUGAAAUUAUUCAUCUUGAGGGCAGCCUGGGUUCUGCAAAUGCAAACCAUGCCCCGCAGAGUGAAUUGCUAAAUGAGAAAUGCCGGGAGUUGCAGCUGACAGAAGAGCACCUCUGCCAGGCCAAGGCUGAGAUUAAAAAGCUGAAGGAGCAGCUAUUCCACAAAGAACAUAGUCACAACAGUGAGUUAGAAGGAAUGAAGCAGGAGGUUGCUCAGCUAACACGGGAGCUUCACCAGCGUGACAUCACAAUUGCCUCAUCAAAUAGUUGUACUUUAAACUUGGAGCAGCAACUAAAAAUGGAGAUGGAAAAAGCAGAACGGAAGGCAGUGGAGCACAGGGCUGUUUUGUCGCAGUUGGAAUCUCUUAAGCAAGAUAAUCACCAGCUCUCAGAAAUUCUUCAAAAGGGAAAAAGUGCCCCCCUGGCAGAAUUCCAGGAAAGUUAUGCCAAAGCCCUAAAUAAGGUGGAGUCUGAAAACCAGAAAUUAUUGAAAGAACUAGCAGAAACUAAAGCCAGCCUGGAAGCUUCAUCCCGCAGGUCUCAGGGCAGAUAUGAGAAUAUCAUGCAGCAGAUGGAGCAGCAGAUGACUGAGAUAAAGAAUGUGGAAAGCAGGAGACUGCAAGAGCUGCAGUGUAAGCAUGAAGAAGAAAUGAGAGUACUUCAGGUUAAAUUUGACAAGACUGUUCAGCACUAUGAAGAAGAAAUUAAAAAACUGCAGCAUUUGUCAACCAGAAGAGUUUUUAGUACGGCUGAUGGACUGUCACCCCAGAUCAGCAGGAGCAACUCCAUUGAAUCCUUGUCCUGUGAUCCCCUUCUGAGAUCAGAUUCCUUGCCACAUGCAGACAAUGAAUUUACUUAUGUCUUAGGGAAGAAUGAGAAAGAACUUCUAUCUUUGAGCCCAUUGCCUACGACAAACAUUGGUGCGAUUGCUGUCAAGUUCUUGGAGGAGGAGGAAGAAAGAUCUCAACAUAUCUUAGAACGCUUAGAUGCACAUAUUGAGGAGUUGAAAAAGGAGAGUGAAAUGACAAUACACCAGUUCAAACACAAAAAGUGACAUUGCUUCAAGACCCAAGGAUUGGAAAGCGGGCUUAAUAUAAGAUGCAUCAAGAAGGGGACCAAGGGAGCCUUCAGCAGCUAAAAAGGGGCUUUUCCCUGGUAUUAGUGGUGGUGAAACCAAGGAAAUGAAAUUUGUCUGGAGCAAAGCAUUUUGUCUGGUGGCAGUAAUUACACUACUUUCUAGAUGCCUUAUUUAGUCCUGCUGCCCAAGAGUGUGCGGUGACUUUCAGGAGGGAAUGAUGUAGCUAUCUUUUGUAAAGAAAAUAAAUUUAUUUUAUAUGUAUAUAUCCAUGUGAAUAAAUAAAAUGACAACUAACCCAUCUUCUUCUUCUUAUAUCAUUACAACCCAUGUUGCUGACCCUUUUGGGAAUUAGGUUACUUUUUGCUUCCAAUUUUGCUUGAUGUUUCUUCCAUGAAAUGUGUUAUUCAAACGGUCUGAGAAACCAAGAAAAGGAAUUGCUAUUUUGCUUCCUUUCUAGUUUUCCUGUAGCAUUGGAGUGCCCUGUACUUUGUGUUGCUAUCAUUUGCAUACCAAACAGUACAUAAUGAUGUGGUAGUGGUUCCAUUGGGGAUCUGUUUUAUUACUAUUUUUCUUUCAUAGUUGAAGAGGACGAAAUGCAGUGAAGUAGAUACUCCAUGAAAAGAGAGGGUGUUUUGGUGGAAGAUAAGUUGGUACAGAAGGUGAAGUUCAAUGUAAGUAAUAAACACCUAUACAUGAAAUCCAUUUUACUUAAACAACAGCUGCCUUAUGAAGUACUAAGCAGCUGCUCACAGCCAUAAGAGCAAAUUUAGAAGGCUGGUCAAUCUGCCAGACAGCUAUUAAAAAGUUGUUUUAGCUUAAACAAGAAAUGUGUAUCUUUAAAAAUGUGUCCUUGAGCAGAAACCAAGAUCUCAAGCAUUAGGCUUCCAUUCCUACCCCAAUUAAUCCUUUCUGCCUAUUGGCCUUUGAUAAUCCAAUCUGAAUUACUAAAAUGAAUUACUAGAUUUAAAAUAUUUUCAGUGAAAUAUGAAAAUGGUGGAGAUAUUCAGCCUUGCCCCCUGAAUCCUUAGAAUAAUCCAUGUGUUCAUUUAAAUUCUAAAUCUCUUCCUUUUCCUUUUUGAAGGCUUCUGUUCAUCUGCAUGUAGUCUAUACCUUUCAUUUAUUGUUUCUUCUAUAGGUCAGUGAAACCCCUGUAUGUGACCAGUACCUCCCCUUUUCAAUAAAAUAUAUUUUUAGAGGUUUUAAUUUGAAUUUGCUCCCAUAUACAUGAUGGUAUUAAUGCUAAUUAUCCUUUGCUGAAUGGAUGAUCUUGAGAAUAUGUUAUCUUGAGAAAGUGGAGGACACCUGUAUUUCUAGAUGCAGAAAGGUUUGUUGCCAAGCUGAGGAUGCUACUGCUGCUAGAAGCCUCGCCAUAAUUAACAACCUUCUAGAUCUUGAUUUAGGAGAAUCCCUGUUCUGCAAGAGCAUCUUUUUGAUGUUUGCCUCCAUCAUAAAUGUACAUCACCAACCUCUUUCCAGUGUGCUAACUCCUGUGUUUUGCUUGCUGUGUUUGAUUUUUAUGGCUUCAUGUCAUUCUUCGUCAACACCUCUCACAGCAGCUUGACACUGAUAGACAAUAUGAAAUCAAAUGUGGCAUGAAGACAGACUUUUUUUAAAAAAAAAUUAUGUUGUUUUGUAGGAAUGGUGAACAGUUCUUGUCAAAGCACACAGAGAAUUUUUUUUAUUUUGUUAAAAAGUGGUUGGGUGGUUGCCCCAGCAAAGUGAGUAUACACUAUCAUUUCUUGUGUAAGAGCCCUGGUGUUAAGAUUUUGAGUAGAGGAACUGAAAGUACAGGAAACAGCUGCUCGAAGCAAGAAGCACAUGCUACAGAUUUACUCCUUGGAAGUCAUAAGUCAGACAGGGAGACCUUGUAAUUUUGUCCUUCAUAUUGAGCAAGGAACUUCUGCCAUACAUGAGGAACCUGACAUGUACAUUGGGAUUUAUUUUCCCUGCACAUAGAGAUGACUUCUAUGGGAGUGGCCAGCAAACUAAGUUUUGGAUCCCUGAAAAUGUGAACACUGUAGUUAUUAAUCCAUUCUAGAUGCAGUUUCAGAGAUGUGAUUUAUUUUUGUGAAACUUAAAGUACAAAAAUAAUCACUUAGUAACAAAUAUGACAGGGACACAGGUGGCACUGUGGGUUAAACCACAGAGCCUAGGGCUUGCUGAUCAGCAGGUCGGCAGCUCGAAUCCCUGCGACGGGGUGAGCUCCCAUUGCUCGGACCCAACUCCUGCCCACCUAGCAGUUCGAAAGCAUGUCAAAGUGCAAGUAGAUAAAUAGAUCUAGUGGGAAGGUAAACGGCGUUUCCAUGUGCUGUUCUGGUUCGCCAGAAGCGGCUUUGUCAUGCUGGCCACAUGACCUGGAAGCUCUCUGCCAAUAAUGCGAGAUGAGCGCCGCAACCCCAGAGUCGGUCACAACUGGACCUAAUGGUCAGGGGUCCCUUUACCUUUAACAAAUAUGACAGCCUUUAAAAUGGACUGCUACUGAAUGAGAAUAACAACAAUUCUUCAAAUUCUGUGACUUGAAGAUCAAAAUUUUCCCAGUGUGAGUGUUGGUCAGUAGAGUUCAGCAACUGUGGCUUUCUAUGAUCUCCUGUUUGACAGUUUGCUCUCUGAACCAGGGAGAACUCUGACUGGCUUGCAGGUUCUGCAGUGCAUAAGGCUAUUGUAUCAUGUUUGACAGAGUUGGCGUCAAACCAGUGUUGAUGUUUCCCCAAAGGCCAUUCAUUUCCUACUGUAUGAUGAUCUUUAAGUUGACCUCCAGCAAUGCAGAGGGUAGAAAAUAAAGUGUAGCAAUGGGUGCUCCAGAUUGUGCAGUGCUGUGGAGAACAUUAUCAAUGGAAAGAAAAGAAGAUGCUUCUUAAAAAUUUGAAAUGCAUGGUGUACCUUGGGAUAUAAAAUAUGCCUUGUUGCAGCCAUAUUUUUUCCCUACCUUGCUAAAUCUUCAAGGACGUUGUGCAUGCCGCCAUCGAGUUCAGUAUAAUUCCCUUCGUGACAUUCAUAAUUGGGCAAAGACGAGAACACCUUAACAUUCUCUUGUCAAUAUAUCUAGCAUCUUAACAUUGCUCAGUCACUUCUGAAAAACUAUGGGGCAUCUCUAUGUUGUAUAGAGCAAAAGUAGUGUAUUUGGUGAGAAGUAUCUUCGGUGGCUCACCCCUCCCACCUCCAUUCUGAUUCAACACAAAUUGCUUUAAAUCAAAACUAAUUUGGGUGUGUCAAAAAAUUUCUGGAAGCAGAGGUACAAAAAUGUUCUGUGCCACUUCACUUGUGUUGCUUCAUGUAACAGAGUUGGUUACUGUGUUUUUUUAAUUCAAGGGAAACACUGGUUCAUUCUUGGAAAGAGUUGUAAUAACAGAGGUGCCAAGAACCUGAGACAGUGCUGUACUUUGGCAGGGCAAACUGUUAGUCCCAAAAUGGACAGCAAUCUGAGACGAGCAAAUUGCACAAGGAGGUUGGUAUUCCUGCUUGUUGCUUCCCCGUGCAUAUAGAGUACAGAAAAUGCUAGAAAGGACUGAUGAGUUAAGGGCAAAGAAAAAAUUAUAUUAGGAGUUAUGUGUAGUUUGUGGACUACAUCAUCAAAAACUCUCUUGAGUGGGCUUAAUAUGUGUUGAGACUGUAAAUAUGCAUGUUUUGGAGGUGGAGGAAGGUUGUUUAUCCUGGAGGGUGAUGACAAAGCUAGUGCAGACUUCUGAGGCACUUUUAUCUGUGGCUGCAGGGUUUCCAUGCAUUCAUCUAUGCCUUGAGAAUGUUGAACAUCCCUUUGGAAUAAUCAGUUGGCCUUAACAGUUUUAUAAUUAAUGAAGCUGGAGGGGAGUUUUUUCUUUGAACUGAGCCUUUUAAUAACACCAAAGAGUUUCCUUUUUGCUUGCAAGGCUGAGCCAGAUGUUCGCCUUCUACUUUACAUAUUUUUUUUUUAAAAAAACUGAGAAUCAAUGUGUAUUAUAUUAGUAGGUUUAAUUGGUAAUCCUCAGUAAAAGAGUUCAGAGAAAGUUUAAGGAUUAUGCUUUGGCUGGUGUUCAGUAUUAUCUGCCUUCACAUCAGAUAUAGAAGAUUGCAUCCAGCAGCUGAGCUUGCUUGUCCUUUAACUUCCUUAGAGGCAGCCCUGCACCAAAUACCAUUUUUUUGUGUGCUCUGUAAGAUCUAGUUUAUAGCCCAGAGCAGGGCCUUUUAGUAUUGGAGUCCUGUGAAAUUGUUUUCCCUGGGAGGCUUAACUGAGCCCUGCAGUGUAAGCCUCCAGAAAGCAAUGCAGGGCUUUCUCUUUUCCGAGAAAUUUCUAAUGAUCCAUUAGUGAUGUGAAAGUGUAGAAUAAAACAAUGAUAAGAGUGUUCAAAGUCUUUGUAAUCCUCCUAGCUAUGUUCGGUAGGCUGGUAUUGUUUCCAAAUAUAGAAAAAGAGAAGGGUUUGUUAAAUUCACCUAAUCAGUCUAUGGCAGAUGCAAGAUUUCGAUCAACUGCUUCCUGAUUUACAGCACAGAAGCCCAGUUACUAUAUGCAUUUCGGGGGUAGCUAACAUGGUGCCUUCCAGACAUCUGGGUUAAGAGACUUUUCUUCUUCUGUUUUUAGAAUCUGUGGAUGAAGCUGAAUACUGCAGUAGGUUCAAGACAGACAGAAGGAACCCUUCUCAAACUUACUUACCUAGGCCAUAUUAUAAUUUUGAGGUAGCAACAGACAAUUGGGGUAGCAGCAAUUGUCACUCAUUUGUUGGCAGAUGUUAUCUGUAUGGCUGACACAAUAACGCUCCAACUCACCUCUAAAGGAACUUUAAUUCAUUGGAUCCUCUAAAAUAAUAUGGCUAACACAAUGGCUGCAUGUAAUGUGAUUGUACAAUAUUACAAAAAUAACACAGGAGCCUAUUGGAAAGUUAUGAGUCAUGAGAGUGCCAAAAUGUUCCUCUUACGUUUUUAGCUUUCCCUUUUCCUUUAUGAUUAUUAUUAUUUUGCUAAGUGAGUGCUCCUCUCCUUUAGAGACCCUACAAAGCUCAUCUUGCAAUGUUCCCUUAAUUAUAUAUGUGGUCUGUCAUGCUUGCACCACUAUGUGCUUCAUCACUCUUCAGAGUCUGUAAGAAUAUUGCAUCCACAGUCUUUCUCUGGCUUCUUCCAGUGUGUACUACAAUUUAAAGUGUGGUGGGUAGGAAGUUGUUUGAACGGGAGCAUAGCUAUCUUCCCUUCUGCUUCCCCAAAGCUGAAUAACGGAUUGGGUAGUAUUAGCACCUUCAUUCAAGCUGCUGUGGGGAAGAUGCAAUUGGGACACAUGCCACUUGACCAUCUAUAUUAGUCCUUAAACUGUUGUCUAUUAGUGUGAACCAAGUCACAACAGGAAGAAUUACUCAUUUGACACAGGGUAUAUAUAUUCCUUCAGGUAUAUUAUAUUCCUACAAAAACUGGUAAAACAAAACUUUUAAAGGCAUUUGGAAAAAAUGAAUUGCUGAUAUUUUUUGGUUUAGGCGAGGAAUCCAUACGGUUCAAUGAAUAUAUGAAAUUUGUAAUAAAAAAUUAAUGUUACAGCACUGAGAAACCUCCAGGGCUAUCCAGUCAGCUCCCUGAAUUCUGAUUAGAUAUAAGGAUUUUUUAAAAAGCAAAUUGCAGUCUAUUGAUCAUAUAGAAGAUUAGACAGAUUAUAACUUGUGUUAAAAUAAAUUCAUUUUCUGACUUAAACCACAGAUCUUUGCUGUUAUACUAAACUAUCCAUGUUUGACCAAAAGGGUUCACGUGUUUAUAUAGAAACUAACUUUUAUCAAUGAUACCUUUGUGUUCAUGUUUCAUUCUGUGCAGGUCAUCAAGAUUGUCUUUGGUUAUCCCACUGUGUUUCACACUUGGUGAAUUGCUAUUUCCUAGAAUCAGCAGCACAAUCUAUUUUUAUUCAUAAGGUAGCAAAUUAGUUAAGAAUUAAAUUGCCCUUUUGUUCACACACAUGUUCCUUACCAUGUCAUUUACAAAGCACCACAGCCCAAUGAGAUAAAAACUAGUAUUUAAUUGCUUUUAAGAUCUGGUGUAAAAACUUGUUUUCGCAGUAUCAUUUAUUUUUGUAAGACAAUGAAGUGCACACAAGAAAGCUUCCAUUUGGAUUAUAAUCUUGCACCAAUAUGUGUUUUGAUGAGAUUCUGCAGCUACUCUCACAUUGAUGCUCAAAAGUUUGUGGUCCUUCUCUCUUCCCGGCCCACAAUGAGUUAGAGAAUGCCCCUUUGUUGUCCAUAACAUAGUUGUUGAAUGUAAGCCAUUCAGAAAUCAGCAGUUGCAUCCUAAAAUGGAGUUGGACUAGGUGGGGAAAUGUGCAAAAUGUACUAGGCCCGUAGCACAGGAAUAAUCUAUAAUUGAAAUUAUGCAUAUGGGAAGUAUGACUUUACACUGGUAAAGAAACUAUAUAUUUCCUACAAAUGCCACUCAUUGGGUAAUACCAUUCAGGAAGUUUUGAUCAAGUUGUAUUGUUUUGUUGGUGCUUCAGAGAGGGGUGAGCACUAUUCCCCAAUGUUAAGGGAGCCUUAAGGAAUUACUCGAGAGCGGUAUGAGCUGUGAUAUAUCAGAUCUUGCUGCACAUGUGGACAGAUAAGA